GCGGGACGGGGGGGCAGGGAGCCGUACGCUGGCCAAGGGGGUGUGCGGGCACAUGGGGGGGCUCGGAUCCCUGCUGCCCCAGCGGGGGGGGGUCCGGGACCCAGCAGACGGUGCCCCCCUUCCCCGAGCCAGCCCCGUCUGCCCCCCCGCUCUCUCUCUCUCCCCCCAGCGCGGGCUGCAGGCUCUGGUUCUGCUGCUCCUGGCCGGGGGGGCCCUGGGGGCGGCCCGCGGGCGCCGGUUCUGCCGGCCCGUCAACGCCACCAUCGCGGCCGAGAAGGACGACUGCCCCGUCUGCCUCACCGUGGCCACGGCCAUCUGCAGCGGGUACUGCCAGACCAAGGAGCCGGUGUACAAGAGCGCGCUCUCGCCCGUCCCGCAGCACGUCUGCGGCUACCGGGCCGUGCGCUACGAGACGCUGGCGUUGCCCGGCUGCCCGCCCGGCGUGGACCCGGCCUUCACCUUCCCCGUGGCCCUGAGCUGCCAGUGCAGCCUCUGCCCCAUGGACUCCAGCGACUGCACCGUGCACAGCAUCGGGCCCGACUUCUGCAGCGCCCGGGGGGGCUUCGCCUAGGGGCGGGGGGGGCAAUAAACGCCGUGGCCACGGC